GCGCAGCGCUGCCCCCCGUACGUGAUCAACCUGGACCCGGCCGUGCGCGACCUGCCCUUCCCCGCCAACAUCGAUAUCAGGGACACUGUCAAGUACAAGGAAGUUAUGAAACAAUAUGGGCUGGGCCCGAACGGUGGGAUAGUGACCUCCCUCAAUCUCUUUGCUACAAGAUUUGACCAGGUGAUGAAGUUUAUUGAAAAAAGACAAAACGCAUCCAAGUAUGUUAUUAUUGACACACCGGGGCAAAUUGAGGUAUUCACCUGGUCGGCAUCAGGAACCAUCAUAACUGAGGCCUUGGCUUCUUCUUUUCCUUCAGUCGUUGUUUAUGUGAUGGACACCUCUCGCAGUACUAACCCUAUCACGUUUAUGUCCAACAUGCUGUAUGCCUGCAGUAUCCUGUACAAGACAAAGCUACCAUUCAUUGUUGUCAUGAACAAAACGGACAUAAUUGACCACAGUUUUGCAGUAGAAUGGAUGCAGGACUUUGAGACUUUUCAGGAUGCCCUGAAUCAAGAGACAUCCUAUGUCAGUAACCUGACUCGUUCUAUGAGUUUAGUGUUGGAUGAAUUUUACAGUUCACUGAAGGUGGUUGGUGUUUCUGCUAUGCUCGGCACAGGACUGGAUGAUUUUUUUAUUCAGCUUUCUAAAGCUGUAGAUGAAUAUGAGAGAGAAUAUCGUCCAGAAUAUGAGCGCUUGAGGAAAACACUGGAGAAAGCUCAAAAUAAACAGAAGAGAGAGCAGCUGGAGCACUUGUGGAAGGACAUGGGCAGUGUGUGUGUGCAGGGCAACACACUUGCAGGGCCUGAUGAUGCUUCUGCAAUGGGUCCUUCUGAGCUGAUCCUGACACGAGGAACUCUUGAUGAUGAAGACGAAGAGAGGGAGAGUGAUACUGAUGACAUCGACCACGAAGUUACUGAGGAGAGUCAUGAGGAACCAGCCUUCAGAAACUUUAUGCAAGAGACGCGGAUGAAAUACCAGAGAAGAAGCAACCCAAGUGAAUGAGACCUUCAGAAACAGAGCCUUUGGGUUCCCUUGUAAUGGAGUUCAGAGUAAAGGAACAGCGUAAAGAAA